AUGAAGACAGCGCUCAGCGUGGUUCUGCUGCUCAUGGGCCUGGCCUCGGCGCAAUUCCAAUUUUUCGACCAGUUCUUCCACGGCAGCCACCAGCAGCAGCAGGCUCCUCAGGAAAAGCAGAAUGUGGCCAGUGAUUCGAGCUGGUAUCGUUCAAACUGGGAGGGUGCCACAUGCGACAAAUAUCUAUGUCCCGACACUCUUGCUUGUGUCCACUUUCCUCAUCACUGUCCUUGUCCUCAUCCCGACGUGGAGGAUAAAGUCGAGUUAGGCGACGGUAUAGCUAUCUGUGCUAGUAAAGGGGGUUUCAAGGCUGGCGAGGCGGCUCGCAAAGUCGAGUUGGCAAGGAAAGGUCUAUUAUGA